AUGGGAGGUUUCAGCUCUGACGACAAUGAGGACACCACCCGGUUGCUGCUCCUGGGUUUGGCGUGCAGCAACCCCAACCCGUCAGACCGACCGAGCAUGGAUCAGGUGGUGCAGGUCAUCGCCAAGUCGAUGCCGCCGCCUGCAGUGCCGCUAGUGAAGCCCGCUUUCGUUUGGCCACCGGAAGGAGAGCAGCUACUGCUCUCAGACAAUGCCGAUGAUGAUGACGAUUUUGUGGAGUCAGAUCAUCGUGAUUCUGACAGGAGGCACUGGGAGGAGACGGAGCACUGUGAUAGCUUGGCGACGGGCAUCAAACCAUCAUCGGAGAUCACCCAGCGUAAGUCCCGUAAUGUUGUUGAGACAAACAUCAGUCAGGACAUUGAAAAAUGCGUGUAA